AUGUCGCAGCGACCAUCCCGCCGCGAAGACUUCGAAAUCGCCAUCAUUUGCGCGCUGCCGCUUGAAUACGAUGCGGUUUCCCUCCUUUUCGACGAGUUCUGGGAUGAAGACGGGGAUCAGUUUGGAAGAGCGGCCGGAGACUUAAAUCACUACACAACCGGCCGCAUUGGCAAACAUGAUGUCGUGCUUGCUCUUCUUUCCCACAAGGGAAAGGCCAACGCAGCCUCCGCCGCUGCUAACAUGCGGUCCAGCUACGGAGCCCUCAGACUCGUCAUCCUAGCAGGGAUAUGUGGUGGCGUGCCUCGUAAUGGCGAAGAUGAUGUCUUUCUAGGAGACGUGGUUAUCAGCAGCUCCGUCAUUCAAUACGAUUUCGGCAGACACUACCCCGAUGGGUUUAUACGCAAGAAUACACAUGAAGAUAAUUUACGCAAACAUGACAAGAACAUUGGCAGCCUUCUUAGCAAGUUCAGUACAGAUAUCGUUCAGGAUAAGCUUCACGAAAGAACUGCUCAUUGUCUCAAACAGCUUCAAGAAAGGGCUCCAAAGCAUCGAGAAAAGUAUACAUAUCCUGGGGCGGAUAAAGACAAGCUAUUCGAGUCAAGCUAUCGUCAUAUGCACCGCGAGCGAGCAACAUGCAUCUGCAGCAGCUGCCAUGGAAGAAAGCAUCCAGUUUGUGAUGAAGCCCUUACUGCCUCGUGUGAUGAUUUGGGAUGCGAUGAAGAAUAUCUGGAGAGAAGCCGAACUAACAAAGAGCAAGACGAGGCACAGGGGCCUGCUCUUUAUAUUGGCGCAGUUGCAUCUGGCGACACCGUCAUGAAGUCUGGAGAAGACCGUGACAAGAUAGCCAGAAAAGAAGGCGUGAUUGCGUUUGAGACGGAGGGAGCUGGAGCAUGGGAGGAUUUGCCAUGUAUUGUGGUCAAAGGUAUAUGCGACUAUGCCGAUUGUCACAAGAACAAGCUAUGGCAGAAUUUCGCCGCAGCGGCAGCGGCUUCUGUAUCAAAGGCGAUUCUUGAACAGUACAUUCAAACGGAUAGGAACAGUGGCCGGCUUGAAAAAGGACCACCAAAGAGUCAUUUUCUCGUCCCAUUUGGGCGAAACCGCAACUUUGUUGGGAGGGAAGACAUUUUAUCAAGCCUUCUGGAAAAGAUCCGGCCGGGUGCGGACAAGGAAGACUGCCAACGAACCGUUAUUGAAGGCCUCGGCGGCGUUGGAAAGACACAGAUUGCGCUGGAGGCUGUCUAUAGACUCCAUAACGAGCAUCCAGACUGCUCUAUUUUUUGGGUGCCGAUGGUAGACGCAACUGGCUUUGACAAUGCCUACCUCAGUAUUGGCAAGCAGCUAAAGAUCGAGGGUAUCGACAAGGAUAACGCUAAUACUAUGCUACUUGUCAAAGCUGCCCUGAGUAAAGAGAGCAGUGGCAGUUGGCUCUUAGUUAUUGAUAACGCGGACGAUAUAACGCUGCUCUCUGGAGAUAUCGGACUCUCAGCCCAUCUUCCAUUCAGUCGAAAUGGUUCCAUUUUAUUCACUACACGUAAUCAUGAAGCAGCAGUAAUGCUGGAUAUUCUCGCGGAGAACAUUUUUAAUGUCAUGGAAAUGGGCCAGGUCGAAGCCCUUGGUUUACUGCAGAAAGGCCUAAAUGAGAGCCAGACGAAUAAUAUGGAGGCCACGGAGAAGCUACUUGAUCUUCUGGCAAACUUGCCGCUUGCUAUUAGGCAGGCAUCGGCAUAUAUGGCAACAAAACGCAUAUCAACUAUAGACUACUUGGAACUCUGCCAGUCAAAUUCCAAGGAUAUGGUUACCUUACUGAGUAAAGAUUUUGAGGAUAGGCAUCGAUACAAAGAGAUUCAAAAUCCAGUGGCUACGACAUGGCUUAUCUCAUUCAACCAAAUCUUACGCAAUGACCCACUGGCGGCACAAUACCUUCAGUUCAUGAGCAUCUUGGCGGAGAAAGAUAUACCCAGGUCCCUUUUACCCAAAUCCACGAAACUGGAGACUGUGGGGGCAAUUGGUACAUUAAAGGGAUAUGCCUUCAUUACUGAGCAGGAGGGAGGAGGUUCGUUUGAUAUGCACCGCCUUGUGCGAUUAGCUAUGCGAAACUGGCUAGAAAAAGAAGGGGAGCUAAAGAAGAGCGUCGCGUCUGCGGUUCAGCGGGUUAACGAAGUGAUGCCGUUUCCAGAGUAUGAGACUAGAGAUUUAUGGACGAGAUGUCUACCACACGCACAGGCCAUCCUGGAGCUUCCAGAACAUCUGACAGGCACGCAAGCAGAAGCUACACUUUAUUCCAAUGUUGCUGAGUGCAAUUAUCUUCUAGGGAAAUACCAGACAGCUGAGAAGAUGUAUCGACAGGUGCUCGAGCUUGAUGAGAAGCUGCUUGGCAAAUGCCAUCCAACCACACUAAUAAGCAUGAAUGAUCUCGGAAUGGUGCUUAGGCUUUCAGGCAAAUACAAAGAAGCAGAGAAAGUUUCUCGGCACGUACUUGAAAGUAGGGAGAAGCUGCUUGGCAAAGACCAUCUGGACACACUUGAUUCUAUGGUGGAUCUUGCAAUUACAUUAAGUAAGCUAGGACAGCAUGAGGAGGCAGCGAACCUGCAUCAACACGUGCUUGAGAUGCGGCAGAAGUUGCUUGGCAUGGAUCAUCCAAAAACACUUCGGAGUAUGGAUGGAUUUGCAGGCCAGCUUACACAUCUAGGCAAAUACGAAGAGUCGGAGAAAAUGCAUCGACAGACAUUGCAAUUAAUUGAACAAAGGCUUGGGAAAGACAAUCUAGAUUUUAUAUGGUGCCUGGAAAACCUUGGGUCUGUGCUUGGACAUCUAAGCAAAUAUGAGGAGUCAAAGGACAUGUAUCAACAAGUACUUAAUCAAUAUGAACAGAGGUAUGGUAAAGAUCAUCCAUAUACACUUAGAAGUAUGGAUAACUUGGCAGGUGCGCUUGGACGUCUAGGUAAAUAUGAAGAAUCAGAGGAAAUGCAUCGUGAGGCAUUUAAGGGGAAGGAAAAGGUGCUUGGUAGAUAUCAUCCAUCUACACUGAAAAGCAUGGAUAACUUGGCAAUUGCGCUCGAAGAUCUGGGAAAUUAUGAGAAGUCAGAAGAAUUGCAUCGAGAGGCAAUCAGGCGAAAAGAGGAGGCAUUUGGUAAAGAUGAUCCAGAAACACUGGAAAGCAUGCAUAACUUGGCAAUUGCGCUUGGAGAUCUAGGUAAAUAUGAAGAAUCAGAGGAAAUGCAUCGUGAGGCAUUUAAGGGGAAGGAAAAGGUGCUUGGUAGAUAUCAUCCAUCUACACUGAACAGCAUGUAUACCUUAGCAAUUGCGCUCGAAGAUCUGGGAAAAUAUGAGAAGUCAGAAGAAUUGUAUCGGGAGGUAAUUAGGCAAAAAGAGGAGGCAUUUGGUAAAGAUGAUCCAGAAACCCAAAGAAUUCGGGAUGAUCUUCGCAAGCUGCUUGAGAGCAAGAGAAAAUAG